AUGAAUCCCGUGCUCAAAGAUCCUGCGGCUGGGAUUCCGGCCCCGCUGUUGCCGCAUCUACAUCUCGUUUCCAAAUAUCGAUAUCCCAUCACGAGCAAUCCUUCCUUCGAGACGAUAGUUGGAUAUCUUCUAGAAGCUCCCAAAAUUGUGCGCGACCUACAGCCCGUGCAAUGGCAGUUCAUCGAAACACCCCCGGACGGCACCAUGAUGCUCACCUGGCAACCCCUCGAGCACAUGGGGACCAACUUCGCAAGCGAUGGGUAUAUCUGGGCGGAUGCGGAACAUGUCUUCAAGUCAGAAGUCAGAGGCUAUAUCCUCGAGAUGUAUCUGCAACGAUCAGGGUAUCGGGCCUCGGGCGAGCAGGUAGCGUGUCAUAGUAGAAGACGAUAUCGACUUCUCCCAGGCAACCCGAACCUUGGACUCCCGAACCCAGAUCCUGCCCUAUUUCUCACGCACUAUUCCAAAGCCUCAUCGCGCGACCAUGUGGCAGCUUCGUCCAUUCCCGUGAUGCCCGCGGUGCAUGCACAACUGCAACAACGACGAAUGAUCCAAAGCCAAGGCCAGUUGCCACGAAAGGAAUUCAUGUUGCAUGACCGUUCAAAUUGGCCUGCCAUUCACCUCCCUCCAGCAGUGGCCAGGGCUGCCGCUCCGGGCCCUGUCGCCCCAGCGUCGGGACACAGAAGGGGCCUCAGCAUUGCGCCGGACCCCACGUUAGAAGAAGAGGAAGAUGUUUCUCGCGGCGAUCUGCUUGAUUUUAUGAGUCCUCGAGACAUUAGUCGCCUCCGCUACGAGCAGCACCACGAAUGGAUGGAGGAAAUCCUCGAGUCACCGUACCCGACACUCUCUAUUGUCCCGAGCGACUUGGGUCUCGGCCGGAAGGGGGCCCUGGAAGAGCUCACCAAGGACUUUCUUGCUGCACCCAUCUCUGCAGGCCGUGACUCCGCUAAUGGUCCGCCCCAGCGUGUGGGCAAGUUGCCGGACGGUAAAGCCGAAGAAUUCGCCCAGCGCGCUUCCGCCAAAUUGGCCGACAUGCAGCUAGAACUGGAAAGAAUGAGGAAGAGACAUGCUCGGCGGAUGGAGAAAUUGAAUCAGUCGACUGCACUGAAGGUUGCCGAGAAGAAACUCCGGAUGGCCCCAACUGUGCCAGAGAAGCGCCGUCUCUCCAAUGAAUCUACUGAAGCAGGAGAGUCCAAACCGAAGGAUGCAGUGGAAGAGAUCAUGCAUGAAGUCGAGUCGACAACAGGCAAAAAGCUUUGCGAGAGCACCGGUGUGAGAUUGGUGGCCAAAGGAGGCUUACAGGAGAAACCCAAGCCUCCGCCUGUCAGCCAGGCUCCCGCAGCUCCAGUCGCCUCAGCCCCUCCGCAACCUGUGAAUCCUCCGAUCGCCGAGACGGAGUCAAACACCCAGCCACAGCCUGCGGCAGCUGCUGGAGGGGAGAAUGUCGAUGAGAACAAGGCUUCUACCACCUCCAAUGAGCAACAGGCCGUUACUACAGGCGCACAGCCUCCACCACCGGAGCCAAAGCCGGAAGUCUCUAGCAUCUCAGGUCAACAAUCUGAAGCCGAUGGUGGACAGCAUGACGGCACGGCCCCUCCAGCUGUCGGCGAUAGUGGUGCGGACAUCCAUAUGGACGGUCUGGAUGACAAUGACCAUGGCGAUAAUGGCAAUCAAGAGGGCAACGAAUGGGUCAUGGUUGACCAAGAUGGUCAAACCGCAGAAGAAGUGGCCCUUCCAAACCCGACCAAUGUCGGCCAACAGCCUGAAGCUCAACCGGUAGCGGGUAAUGCCACAGGUCAGCCUAAUCAAACCACGACAGAUCAGCCAGCAACGACGCAGACGCAACCGAGUCAGGAGACAGCCCUGGAUACGCCCAACUUUGACAUUGGCGGUGAUUUCGACAAUGUGGAUGUAGACACGGCUGGCGAUGCGCUGGCCAGUUAUGGGCAUGAUGAGGAGCUCAACCUCGACGGUAUGGAAGACUCGGCGUUUGGCGAUGCAUUCCACCCGGAAGAGGAUGAGGAGAUGUCUUGA